AUGUCCAGCUCGCCUUCACACGCCGAAAAUGCCGCACCUGCUGCGCUGCUGAGCCCCCAGGCCCCCGUCCGACCCGACCGCCAGGACCAGCGGCAGCCGCACCACCAUGAUGCGGAUGCCCCCCCGGCCCUGGGCUGUGCGAACCACGCAGAUGGGAGCGCCUCUGCGGCCGGAGGAGACGUCUCUGCCUCUGUGUCUACCUCCUCCUCUGCCGUGCCUCCUAUAAAGCCUGCCCCUAGCGGCACCGCCCGCCAGCGCCAACAGAUGGGCCCUUCCCUGCUUUCCCAAGCCUUGGCAUCUGCUCGAGGCAUCCUACGGACCAACUCGACGCCCAAUACGAGCACUUCGUCACAGACACAAUCACAGACACAGGCAGACAAGUCGACCAGAUCCACGCCGGUCUCCGCCUCUUCUUCCCCAGCGCCCGACCAGCUGCCCUCAAGGCCUAUUCGGUCGUCGCCUGCCACUCCCCAGACAGAAUCCCGAGAUGCAUCAGACUACAUCGACCACGACGGCGCCCUGACGCGGAGCGUAUCGCAGCCCAAGACAAUGGCGACGACAACAACGACGGCUACCGCCACAACAACGAUUCCGAUUACCUCUUCCAUCCCUGCACGAGACCGUGCUAUUCCAUCCUCGUCAUUCAAAUCGGACAACAUCCUGAGCCACGCAAAAGACAUGCUUUUAGAACACCGAGAAUUUUUAGACCGGACCAGAGGGAGAGCAUCGCUGGACCACGACACCAAGUCACCGCCCAAGAUACAACAUCACCAUCAACCAUUACCUCAUUCAUCACACCGCAAUGACUCGGUAUCGCCUACCAAUGGCAGCUAUACCAGUGCUGCCUUGUCUACUGGAGUCUCUACCGAUGCAGGAGACGAGUCUGGAUCACAAGACUCACGUCAGGAACGACACAAAACGAUUGAUAAUUCCGAGAAGACGGAAAAGAUAUGGUCCAUUGGCUCUGGCGAUGGCAGCGAAGAAGAUGGCUUGGUUGAGCAGUCAGUUGCCGAAGCCAUUGCAGGUGUUGAGCACAAUGCACGAAGCCGAAAAUCCAGCUACAGCUUGCGAUUCUUCAAAGAGGGCCUUCCCCCGGAGGACAAGGCACGUCGGAAGGAUGGCAAGGCCUCCCACCGCGACAAGCAUGUGCCGACAAUAGACGAGGAAUCUACUUUAACCGAAGAGUCGCCGCAAAAAAACACAAAGACGUCGCCAGCCGCAGACUCGCGCGUGCAGCCAGAAAAAUCCACGCGGGCGGAAUCUUUUUCAUCACGCGCCUCUGAUGUACGGCCUGCGCUUGCCUCGCCGAAAGAAGCAAGUAGCUCUGCCCUGCAGCAAGCUGAAGAAACUGGUGGCGAAAGUGCCCCUACCUUUACACACAAAUCACCAAUAUAUCAUAAUGAGGCCAAGCUGGAGCCACCGAUUGGAAUUCAGGUGGGGCCGGGUGCGGUCCACGACACCGAAGUGGAGAAGCAGCCGACAUCACAUGACGCCUCCGAGGUCGGCAAUUUUCAAGACAUUGCCGGCGACAAGGAUGCGGGCGCCGAGGCCGACUCCAAUAUCAAUGCCAAAACCUCGGAUAUCGGGCAUGCUAACGGUCACAUCCACAAACAUGCCACCGCUCAUGCCAACGGCAAUGCCACUGCCGCCGACUUGGAUGCCGAAUCUGACCUAGAGGCGGAUGCCGAAGGCGAUGGAGAAGCAGACGAGUCUGGAGAGGAGAAGAUUGCGUCGGCUGUGUUCCUGCCCCAUCAGGAGCUCGAUGACAGCCGCGCAAGCGUGAGUGAGGGUAGCGAUGGUGAUGCGAUUCGGCGGCCCAGGUCGCACUCGCUGAGUAAAAGUCAUCCUUGGCUGGUCAAGGCCGAUGAGCCUGAGCCGGAGAUGGAGAUGGAAGAGAAAAAGGAUGACAGUUCCUAUCAGGUGUCACAUGUUGCAUCCCGUGAGAGCCUAGCUUCUCGCCGUGGAGAGAUUCUCCCGGCGGAAAUCCAUGUCCCAACCGAAGCUGCCGUGGACACUGAGACCGAAGUGAACCAAGUUACCCCUACCAAACCCCGAGCCGUGACCCACCAUGAAGACCAUGUCCAUGACCAUCAGCAUCACGCACGCCGACCUCUAGAAGCCAUUGAGCUGAUCCCAUACAAGCACCAAGUUGGUGGCCACAAUACCCUGUGGCGAUUCUCUCGCCGAGCCGUCUGUAAGCAGCUCAGCAACAGAGAAAAUGAGUUUUAUGAAACCAUUGAGAGAUAUCACCGUGACUUGCUACCAUUCCUACCCCGGUACAUUGGAGUGUUGAAUGUAACAUUUCAGAGAAAGCCUCGGAGGAAGAGCACCGUUAGAAAAGAUGAAAUGGCUGAUAAACGCCAUCCUGACUCAAAUGGUAACGGCGAGGCCGAACAGACUCCCUCCACCCCUGCGCGCGUCAUCAGCCAAUCGCUUGCGAGCUCUAAUGUACCCAUCCCUACCGUAACUUUUGACGAUAAUUGGCACAUCCUUCCUCGCAACCUUCUCCAGCCGACGCCCGAAUUAGACAUACCGCACCGCCGGAGUACGUCGCUCUCCAAGAUUUCUUCAGAAGCGCCGAUUGCGUCUCAACACCCCGUGCGACCCCACAUGGAAGAGCGGCCUAAUAGCUGGGGGGCUACAACGGUGAAUAAGCGACUGCGCAAUGAAGUGUUCAAUGAUGCAUUCCUUAAACAGCCGAUUGCGGUUCAGAAGCAUCGGCGGCCUUAUCAGCGAGCUGUUCCUCUGCCAACUCUUCAGCGAUUACUCCGAACCAGUAACUCGGAUCCUAACCUAGCUCAAGCCCCUGAGAGUCCUACCAAGAAUGAGGAAACCCGCAGGACCACGCCCAAUUCUCUAAAACCGUUGACACCACUCGUUCAGCAGAUGAGCGAUCCCGAGUCCCAAGCUAGCCACCUUGCAAUCGAAAGAGAGGCCCCUGUUGAAGUCAAGGAUGUCACGGGUACUAGUGCUCCUGAACCAGAAACAUUAAUGGCCAACCCUGUGACAGCAAAGAAAAAGCGAAGAUAUUCUGGAAGUGGACUUCGGCGAAAGCCGCAGGAUGUGCGCGACUCACGCGGAGAUUUGAAGUAUUACGAAGAGGCCGAUGGCAUGGAGUACAAGCGCGAGGGAGAAGACAAGGACGCUUCACUAGAUGCACCAAAAGCGGAUGCCACAGCCGCCAACGGACCCGGCACUGAAGAUGUAGUCUUUGAUGCCCCUAUCCUUGCUCAGGAGCCUGAACCUACAGAGGACUCGGCUGUAGCUUCAGAUGCCUUGCAACACCCCCCUGUGGAAUUUGGACCAGUCCUUCGACCAAACAACCCCAAGGAAGCGAAGACUCAGCGUGACAGAGUAGAAUACUUUUUACUACUGGAAGAUCUCACGGCUGGCAUGAAGCGACCUUGCAUGAUGGAUCUCAAGAUGGGGACUCGACAAUACGGCGUUGAGGCUUCUCCUAGCAAGCAGAAAUCCCAGCAAGAAAAGUGCAAGAGGACGACUUCGGCGGAGCUUGGAGUGCGGAUUUGCGGGCUGCAGGUUUGGAAUUCCAAGACUCAAACGUAUGACUUCCAAGACAAGUACUUUGGCCGAAAGGUGAAGGCUGGCAACGAAUUUCAGGCCGCCCUUACCAAGUUUCUGUAUAACGGUGUUGACUUGCACUCUAUUCUUCACCAUAUCCCCAUCAUAUUGCGAAAGCUUUCACAGCUAGAGCAAAUCGUAAGCGAGUUGCGCGGCUACCGCUUCUAUGCUGCAAGUCUCCUCAUGUUCUAUGACGGCGAUGCGACUGAUGAGAAUGGGGGAUACGAGACAGCAUACGAGUCCAUGACGGAUGCGGCGACCGAUACCGAAGAAGCUGCUAUCAAGAAGAAGAAGAAGAAGCGGGAGAUUGAUUUCAAGAUAGCAGACUUUGCCAACAGCCUCACUCCACUGGAUAAGGUAGAGGACAAGCCAUGCCCGCCGCAGCACCCCAACCAACCAGACCCUGGCUUUCUCAAGGGCCUCCGGAGCCUGAGGAAAUAUUUCUUGCAGAUCCAGCGAGACACGAGAGCCGAGCUGGGGCUUGAUCCUCGCGGAUGGAGCUCAGGCCAAGGCGGUGACUCAAUGAUGUUGUCUAUUGAGGACGAGGAGGAUGAGGGGAUGAUGAGUGUAUAA